AUGUCGUCUGCUGUCGUUCUUGGACUUGGUGUCGCCACGGCCGCCUUCUUGGGCCGCGCUGGUCUGGUCGCCUACCGCCGCUCCAAGGGAGGUGUGAAUGCUUUGGGCAAGGCUUUCUACAAGGGAGGAUUCGAACCCCGAAUGAACCGUCGCGAGGCCGCGCUGAUUCUCGAACUCCCGGAACGCACCCUCAACAAGGAUAAGGUCCGCAAGAAGCACCGUCAACUGAUGCUGCUCAACCACCCCGAUCGUGGCGGCAGCCCCUACCUCGCAACGAAGAUCAACGAGGCCAAGGAGUUUCUCGACAAGCAUACUUGA